ACCUUCAAUACUGCUGCACCUUGCAGAGAUGUUCAGGACUUGACUACUGGGGUUGCCAUGGCACAGGUACUUCACCAAAUAGAUGUUGCUUGGUUUGAUGCCUCUUGGCUAAAUCGCAUUAAAGAUGAUGUUGGUGACAACUGGAGAAUAAAGUCCAGUAAUCUGAAGAAGAUACUGCAAGGAAUUAUGGACUACUAUCAUGAGUUCUUGGGUCAGCAGAUUUCAGAAGAGCUUAUUCCGGACUUAAACCGGAUAUCUGAGAACUCGGAUCCCGCUGAACUGGGCAGGCUUCUGCAGCUUAUUUUAGGUUGUGCAGUCAACUGUGAAAAGAAACAAGAACACAUACAAAAUAUCAUGACCCUUGAAGAGUCUGUUCAACAUGUUGUCAUGACUGCCAUUCAAGAGCUCAUGAGCAAGGAAAUAACAGGUCCUUCCACAAGUGAUGCAUCAAGUGAAAUAGAACAGCAGCUUAAAAAAGCUUUGGAAGAUCUUCAGGAAGCACUAGCAGAAAAGGAAGAGUUGGCCCAAAGAUGUCAAGAGCUAGAUUUACAGGUGGCUGCCCUCCAGGAUGAAAAAAACAGCUUGAUGUCAGAAAAUGAAAUUAUGAAUGACAGGCUAGAGCAAUUAGAUGACUCUCUUGAUGAUCCAAAUACUGUGGUUGCAAAAAAGUAUUUUCACGCGCAGUUGCAGCUGGAACAACUGCAAGAAGAAAACUUCAGGCUUGAAGCUGCAAAAGAUGAUUAUCGUGUCCAUUGUGAAGACCUAGAAAAACAAUUGAUUGAACUGCAACAUAGAAACAAUGAACUAACCUCGUUGGCAGAAGAAUCUAGAGCCUUGAAAGAUGAAAAUGAUAUUCUUAGGACUACGGCAGACAAGGCCAGUAAGCUGGAAUCAACUGUUGAAGUGUAUCGUAAAAAGCUACAGGAUCUGAAUGACUUCCGCAGACAAGUCAAAUCUCUGCAGGAAACCAACAUGAUGUAUAUGCACAAUACAGUCAGCCUGGAGGAUGAACUGAAGAAAGCCAAUGCAGCACGUGCCCAGCUAGAAACCUACAAAAGACAGGUCCAGGAGCUUCAUAACAAACUGUCUGAAGAAUCAAAAAGAGCUGAUAAGCUAGCAUUUGAAAUGAAGCGACUUGAAGAAAAACAUGAAGCUUUAAUCAAAGAAAAAGAGAGACUGAUAGUGCAGUGUGAUGCAUUAAAAGAGACAAAUGAAGAGCUCCGGUAUUCGCAGAUGCAGCAGGACCACCUGAGUCAAACAGGUGCAUCUCGUGUUAAAAGCCAGGAGAAUCUUGCUGCUGAAAUUCUGCCAGUGGAAUAUAGAGAAAUGUUUAUUCGGCUGCAGCAUGAAAAUAAGAUGCUUCUAUUGCAACAGGAAGGAUCACAAAAUGAACGUAUUGCAGAGCUCCAGGAACAGCUGGAGCAAAAGCAUCGGACAGUGAACGAACUAGAAACUGAGAAAAGGCUAAAUGAAGAGCGUAUUGGGGAGUUACAGCAGCAGAUUGAAGAUCUGCAAAAGACUUUACAGGAGCAGGGAUCCAAGACUGAAGGAUCUAGCAACCUGAAGCAGAAAUUGGCAGCACAUAUGUAAGUAAGGCACAUGAUUCAUGAUGAGUUACAGAAGAAAGAGGCUGAUCUUGCAGAACUCCAGCCUGAUGUUAGCCAGAACCCCCAGAAGAUUGGAGAGCUGGAAGCAGCUUUGCGAAAAAAAGACGAGGAUAUGAAAGCGAUGGAAGAAAGAUAUAAAAUGUACCUUGAGAAAGCAAGAAAUGUGAUAAAAACCUUAGACCCCAAGCUAAAUCCAGCAUCAGCAGAAAUUAUGUUGCUCAGAAAACAGAUAACAGAGAAAGACAAAAAAAUUGAAGCCCUAGAGGCUGAAUACAAACUUGCUAAGCUACGUGAUUAUGAGGAAAAGCUAAUUGUAACUGCAUGGUACAACAAGAGCCUAACUCUUCAGAAGCUAGGCAUGGAGGCAAGACUGGUUGGCAGUAGUGGUGCCUGCAGAGAUGGUCCCGGACGCUCGUUCCUAGCUCAGCAACGUCAUGUCACCAAUACCAGAAGGAAUCUCACUGUUAAAGUCCCGGGUGCAACAUCGGAUUAA